AUGGCGCUGUUCAACAUCCUCGACCAAUUCGUGGAUACUAAAACGAUCCUUCUUUGCUUGGUAGUCGUACUGGUCCUCACCACCACUAUCUUGCUGCCCUACUCGCAUCGUAUACCUGCGGACGCGCCGCCUCAAGUCAGCGACGAUCUCCCCGUUGUUGGAGCCCUUGGCUUCUGGACCCAACGGUGGAACUGGUGGAGCGAGCGACGCGACCAGUCCAAAACUGGUACUUUCUCCUUCCAUGUGGGGCCGAACAUGGUCGUUGCGCUCUCUGGAGACAAGGGACGUCAGGUGUUUUUUGAGUCGAAAGAUUUGGGCUUUGGUGAGGGCUAUUCUGUCCUAUUCGGCCAAACGCCCAAAUCAACCAAAGAAAUCACCGACGAAGACAAGAACCUUGGUUUCGAUGCCUGGUUCCAUCGCCGCCUCACCUCCCUCUUGAAGCAAGAGCAUUUCCGCCGCAAUCUGCCUGUUCUCAUAUCUGACACAAAGGAAGCUCUAGAAGCCAUCAAGAAUGAUGCCAGCGGCCGUACAAAUCCCUUUGAGAGCCUUUAUCGCAUCGUAUUCCGCCUUACUAUUCGCAUGGUAGGCCCUACUGAGAUCGCCGAGGAUCUGGACAAGCUGGAAACCGCCUUGAAGAUGUUCGAGAUGAUUGAUAAGAGCGCGACCGCUACGUCAGUUAUCUUCCCAAAACUACCUUCACCGGCUAUCAUACAACGGACAUAUGCAGGCACGCGACUUUACAUGAUGAUCGACAGUAUAAUUAAGAAGCGCGCGGCGAGUGACGAGAAACACGAGGAUGCUCUACAACAGAUGCUAGAUCAAGGCGAUCGCGCUGUGAGGAUCGUCGAGUUCAUCGUUGGAGCGCUGUUCGCUGGAUUGAUCAAUAGCGGUAUCAAUGCAGGCUGGGUAAUCUGCUAUCUUGCAACCUCACCCGAGUGGCUCGCCAAAGCGAAGGACGAGAUCUGUAGUACUGCAGCGAAGUACGCUAAGGAUCCCAAAGUACCCUUGCGCGAUCAGCUUGACGACGUACCCAUAGAAGCGUGGGAGGCAGAAUUUCCGAUCAUAGACAUGUGUCUCCGCGAUUCUUUACGACUGAACCUUCUCGGUACAGCCUUCAGGCGGAACAUCAGUAGUAAAGGUAUACCCACAGGCAACGGCAACGAAGUCAUCCCCCCCGGUGCUUUCGUCACGUAUGCCACUGGCGACAUCCAUCUCGACCCGGAAGUGUAUACUGAUCCCCACAAAUGGGAUCCAGCUCGAUACUCGCCAGAGCGCGCCGAGGACAAGAAGAAGGCGGCGCAUGGCUUUGUCGGUUGGGGAUCAGGACGACAUCCCUGCCUGGGCAUGCGCUUCGCUAAACUGGAGCAGAAUAUCAUCACCGCAUACUUCAUCGCGACGUUCGACUUCACACUUGAAGAUGAGAGUGGCAAAACACUCAGUGCCGCCCCUUUGGUUGACCACAAUCGACACUCGGCCCACAAACCAGCCAAAUUGCAGUUCCUCAGGGUUAAAACGAGGGAAGAGUAG